AGUCAGUGCGCGUAGAUGCCGAAUGUGGUCAUGUGACACAUGACGAGGUAGGCGGAGGGAGGAGAGGCCCUGCUACGGAAAGUGUACCCAGACUACGAACGGAGUAAUCUUCACUGUCCCCCCACAACCGGUGUGUGCAUCUACUGUUGGGUACUUCCAUUUGCACCCAUGUCCACGCUGAGCUCCAAGUCUGACCGGGAAAUCAGUCAGCUGCUGGAUGAUUAUGGCAUCAAACACGGCCCCGUUGUUGGCACCACACGAACACUUUAUGAGAAGAAACUAAAGGAAGCCAUGGCAAAGGGCUCCAGAGAAAAGCCGCCUUCUGACAAGACUUACUACAGAGAGGAGCAGGAAGAAGUGACUUACGUCCACUAUCGCACUCCUCUGAGGAGCGAAGGCUUUGGGGAGAGUUCCAGUGUGAGGCACCACAUCACUCCAGAGUUCACCAGGGAGUCUGACAUGGAUUAUGCAAAAGAACCCAGCUUCCACAGGACAGCUGCGAGCUACAGUCAGGUGUCGCACUCAAAGCCGGCCCUCCAUAAACUGUCCCGGGAUGUUUCUACCAAACAAACGGUUCCCCAACAGUCACGAUUCAUCCCGCUUUGGUUCCAGUUCUUGGUGUUUUUGGUCGUAGCAGCAUUUUUAUACUUUGUGUUUACAAACAUGGAGACACCGGCAGCAAACCCCUUCAGCAAACUAGAAUGAUUUUGUGGAUCAUAUAUAUUACUGUCAAGUUUUUAUUUCUUAGACGUGUAAUGUGUGAAUUUCUGGCUUCUUUGAUGUAGGUAAGAAAAAAACUAGAGUAUAAAAAUUGGCUUGUUAAAUCUUUUAAUUGGUUUAAUUCUUAGCCUGGACAAAUGGGGCAGUGAUUCAAAGCCAAGGCCUAUGUGCUGCCUGUUAUGUCUUCUACAGUGUUGAUAAACUGAAUGGAAGCUAGUAAUUGUAAGCUGGUGAAGGAGGAGGCAAAAUUUAUUCCAUGUAACUCUGAUUAACUUUGUCGGCCUUGAGCUGUCAAAAGCCUGAGAAGAGCAAGGUGUUUUUCCAAACUCCUCUGCUUGUCUCUGGCAGUAUCCUGUUUACUUAGAUCCAGUCUCAUUACACUGGUGCUACAACUGCAUGUCCAUUCUCUGUUUGGUUGUAGCCCUAGUGCUUCAUUUUAAAUGUGUUCUGUGAGAAUGAGGGCCGGUCAUAGUCCAAAUGAGGGCUUUCCCUCAUGGUUAUGUUCUUCUGAACACUCAGGAUAGGAACAUGAAAAAGUUAUUUUGAGAAUCUGUCAGAGGGUCUUGUAAUCUUCCUGCAGUAGAAAAGAAUUGAGCUCUGGUGUACUGCAUUUACAGUAGAAGGCAAGCAAAGCUUAGUUUUAUUUUAACGCACAUUAUCUGUGCCAAAGAUGUACUACACAUUGUAAACGGUCUUAAACGGAAGUUAAAUCAUUACAGUUCUGCAAAUUGUUGCAAGAGGUAGCUAGAUUUGGGUGCAAUAAAAGCUUUAAUCUUUGUAAUUUGGGUUUUAUGAAAGGGAAACUAAGGUUCUUAUACAGUAACUGACAUGUUGUUCAGUAUUUGAUUAGCAUUUUCUCAUGUAUAUCCCAUAUUUUUAUCUUUUUGUUUUGCUUCCAUAUGUAAAAUUGGUUUGCUUCUAGCUGCUGGUUUUAAUUGUAUGAACUGAUAAGCCUUUUCUACUAUUGGAAUGCACCUGCUUUUAAAAAAAAAAAAAAAUAAACAUCAAAAUAUCUCCAA